UUUAAGUGUAGUGAUUUGGGGUGUGAUGAAUUUCAGUGUAGUAAUGUUGGGUAUGAUGAGUUUGAGUGUAGUGAUGUUGGGUGUCAUGAGUUUGAGUGUAGUGAUUUUUGGGUGUGAUGAGUUUGAGUGUAGUGUUGUUGGGUGUGAUGAGUUUGAAUGUAGUGAUUUUGGGUGUAAUACGUUUGAGUGUAGUAAUGUUGGGUAUGAUGAGUUUGAGUGUAGUGAUGUUGGAUGUGAUAAAUUUGAGUGUACUGAUGUUGGGUGUGAUGAGUUUGAAUGUAGUGAUUUUGGGUGUGAUAAGUUUCAGUGUAGUGAUGUUGGGUGUGAUGAGUUUGUGUAUAGUGAUUUUGGGUGUGAUGAGUUUGAGUGUAGUGAUUUUGGGUGUGUUGAGCUUGAGUGUGGUGAUUUUGGGUGUGAUGAGUUUGUAGUGAUGUUGGGUAUGAUGAGUUUGAGUGUAGUGAUGUUGGCUGUGAUGAGUUUGAGUGUAGUGAUUUUGGGUAUGAUAAGUUUGAGUAGUGAUUUUGGGUGUGAUGAGUUUAAAUACAGUGAUUGUGGGUGUGAUACGUUUGAGUGUAGUGAUGUUGGGUGUAAUGAGUUUGAAUGUAGUGAUUGUGGGUGUGAUAAGUUUGAGUGUAGUAAUGUUGGAUAUGAUGAGUUUGAGUUUAGUGAUUUUGGGUGUGAUGAGUUUGAGUGUAGUGAUGUUGGGUGUGAUACGUUUGAGUGUAGUGUUGUUGGGUGUAAUGAGUUUGAAUGUAGUGAUUUUGGGUGUGAUACGUUUGAGUGUAGUGAUGUUGGGUAUGAUGAGUUUGAGUGUAGUGAUUUUGGGUGUGAUAAGUUUGAGUGUGGCGAUUUUGGGUGUGUUGAGUUUGAGUGUAGUGAUUUGGGGUGUGAUGAGUUUGAGUGUAAUGAUGUUGGGUGUGAUAAGUUUGAGUGUAGUGAUGUUGGGUGUGAUGAGUUUGAGUGUAGUGAUGUUGGGUGUGAUGAGUUUGAGUGUAGUGAUGUUGGGUGUGAUAAGUUUGAGUGUAGUGAUUCUGGGUGUGAUGAUUUUAAGCAUAGUGAUUUUUAAUAUGAUGAUUUGGGUGUGUUGAGUUUGAGUGUAAUGAUUUUGGGUGUGAUGAGUUUGAGUGUAGUUAUGUUGGGUGUGAUAAGUUUGAGUGUAGUGAUGUUGGGUGUGAUGAGUUUGAGUGUAGUGAUGAUGGGUGUGAUAAGUUUGAGUGUAGUGAUUUUGGGUGUGAUGAUUUUAAGCAUAGUGAUUUUUAAUAUGAUGAUUUUGAAUGUAGUGAUUUUGGGUGUAAUGAUUUUAGUUUGAUGAUUUUAGGUGUGAAGAUUUUGGGUCUAGUGUGUUUAGGUGUAGUGAUUUUGGUUGUGGUAAUCAGUGUGUGGGUCUGUUAGUCUGCUGUAUUGGAAUUUCAGCUCUUGUUGGGUCUUGGUGGGCGUUGCUCAACGUUUUGAAAGACUCGGCCUCUCUGGGAAAAUGCUUUUGAAAGCUGUGUAAGCUGUUCAGUCUGUUGCUAAACCAAGAGUUUCAGUCAUUCUGAGAUUGAAUUUCAUCUCUCAGUUUGAUGUAUAGAGUUUCUUCUUUCUGCUUUCUUGGGUUUCUUCUUUUACCUUCUUACCAAAGUGAA